AAGUGAACACGUGGAAACCAACAAUUUAUUGGCUAAAAAUCCACGCACGGGGGCGUAUUCUGAAUUUCUAUUACCCGCCCACCCUUCUCGGCGGCGCUAACUUUCUCCACAACACAUCUCCACGACAUAUAAUUGAAAAUGUCAAUCCUUUCUCUCUCCCUUUCUCCAUUUCCUAAUUAUCCCGCUCUAUCCCACCUUAGUUCCCAUGCUCCCUCACACAUCCAAUCACUCCACCCUUCUUCAUCCAUGACCCUCCUUAGACCUCUCCACCACCAACUCCGCCACCAGUUUCGCCGUCGUCUGUCCAUUUCCGCCGCUGCCGUCCGUCAGGACACGAACCUCUGGACAACCGCACCUCUCGUCACCGUUUCACCCGCCGCCGACGAAUCUCUCUUCCACGUCACUAUCGACGUAUCUGACUCUCCUGACCUCGCCGCCUCACACACUAAAGCCGGUCAGUACCUCCAGCUCCGCAUUCCCGACGUCGAGAAGCCGGCGUUUUUAGCAAUCGCAUCUCCGCCGUCGCUUGCUUCCUCCAAAGGCGUAUUUGAAUUCCUCAUAAAAAGUAUCUCUGGAUCCACCGCGGAGCUCCUCUGUGGACUUCAGAAAGGCGAUGUUGUGGAGUUGAGUCACGUCAUUGGGAAAGGCUUUGAUUUGGAUCAAAUAUCUCCGCCAGAGAAGUAUCAAACAGUUUUAAUCUUCGCUACCGGAUCCGGAAUUAGCCCAAUUCGAUCGCUGAUUGAGGCAGGAUUUAGCGCAGACAAGAGAUCUGAUGUUCGGCUAUAUUAUGGUGCAAGGAAUUUGAAGAGAAUGGCAUACCAGGAUAGGUUUGAGAACUGGGCAUCCUCUGGGGUAAAGGUUGUGCCGGUGUUGUCUCAGCCUGAUGAUGCUUGGACAGGCGAGCGUGGCUUUGUUCAGGCCGCAUUUGCCCGAGCUAAAAACAUUUUUAGUCCUCAAUCCACUGGAGCAGUACUCUGUGGUCAAAAGCAAAUGGCUGAGGAGGUGACUGCUCUUCUUGUAGCAGAUGGAGUCUCAACCGAGAAGAUUCUGAAGAACUUCUAAACAAAAAUAUUUUUUGGUUCAUCGUGUUGUAUUGUUGUCUAGUAUAAAACCCAAAUUCAUUGAAUUUCACCUGCUGGCUACAAGGAAUCCAGCAUGGAACAGCAUAAUGUACAACUCUUCGCGUCAACUUAUACAAAGUCCAAUUCUCAGUGACUGCUCCUUUUCAGGAGGUGAAGCAUCUUUUAAUGCAGUCAAUGGUGGAUAAACAGGACUGAAGAGGGCGAAAGCUGAAAUGCCACUGUCCUUUCUUGCUUCUGUUUUAUUGAGUAGGCAGGCUAGUAAUUAGCGCCUCUAGACCUGUAACCAAUCGCCUUCUUUUUGUCAUAUACAAAACACAAGGCAUCAAGUUGCUGUAUUGAAUUAUUUACAAGAAAUUUUUUGACCAUUUCUGGUGCAAUAAGGUAUAAAAUCUUGAGAAUUCACAAA